AUGACGUUUCCAUUUCUGACCAAUACAAGCUGUGCUCUUGCCGCUGGUAUUUAUGCUAUUCGCGGCAAUGAUGAAAUGGCAUCCAAACUGACCAUGGCUCAAUACUAUUUUUGGACAUUCUAUUGUGGCUACCUGGGCACGCUCUUGCUAUUUGCUGGUGUUCGCUUGAUGCGGCUACUAGAUAAACAUUUGCUAGUGCAAUCUGAAUUAAGGGUCAAUAUCCAAAAGGUGAAAACUGGUGCCCUGAAAGUUCGAAUUAUCGUUGUCGUAGGCACAUCAUGCAUGUGGAUCUUCGCAUUUUUAUUGGGACUGUACAGCGCAUGUCGUGAAGCUGUCAUGAUGAAUCAAGCUACCAAUAUGGUUGUUGCUGCUGUGUGGCUAUUUGCAGGUCCAAUUGCCACAUUCUUUGUUGAAAUUGCCGUGCUAAUCAACCCUGAAAUCGCUGCUCAACUAGGGCAUCUUUCUUUUGGAUCUUCAUCUGAUUCUCGCAUGUCGCAUGAGCAGCUUGGAUGCAAUAGCCGGAAGUUGACAUCUUUUGAACUGGGUCUUUCAUCUAAAGUCAAAUCAACCCAGAGCAAUUUCAUCAUAAGCAAAUGUCAAUUAGAUGAAGAUGCUCGCUUUUCUUUCAACAUUAUUAAGCGACCAGAAGAUUCAAAAGAUGUAUUGCUGCUUGACGAAAAAGACAGCAUUACUACUAGCAAUGACAGCAGCAAAUUAACAAAAGUAGAGCAAGAGCAACAAAAGUACAAUGCCACAAUAGGCAGAGUGCGUACUCCCCCUCCUUUUAGAGCCGCCGCUAGCAGCAGCACAAACAGUAAUACGUUGUUCUGA